AUGAAUAUACAAACUUCACAGCAAACUAAAAAUGAAUUAUCUGGUAAUUGGUUCGAACUUUUUGAACCUCAGGAUAACUUUGAUCUGCAAGAAAUUGUAGAAUCACUUUUAGAAGCUGCAGCUUUAAAUGUAGAGAAGCAACAAUUACUUGAAUAUAUUAAUAAUAAGGCAAAUGAAAUAGUUAAUAGAGAGAUGAAUAUGAAUAAAGAGGUGAACAAAGUGGUAGAUGUGGAUAAAGAGGUGGAUGAAGUGGUAGAUGUGGAUAAAGAGAUGGGUGAAGUGGUAGAUGUGAAUAAAGAGAUGAGUGAAGUGGUAGAUGUGGAUAAAGAAAUAGACCAGGUAGUGGAUAUAGACGAAGUGGUAUAUGUAAAUAAAGAGAUGAAUGAAGUAGUGAAUAUGGAUAAAGAGGUAGACAAAGUAGUAGAUGUAGAUAAAGAGAAAGAUGAAAUGUUGAUGUGGAUAAAGGAAUGGAUGAAGUGGCAGAUGUGGAUAAAGGGAUGGGCAAAGUGGUAG